AUGUCGUCCAACCCCAGCGACCUCUACUCUCAGAGUUUCAAUUUUCAAAGCUUUCUGCAGAAAGGAGUUGAUCCUCGUACUGGACAAUACACCGUCAGUAUUCAACUCUUUGAUGCGCCAUCGGAGACUCGCAACUGUCCGUCACUCAAACUAUCUUUGAGCUACAAUCCCCUCAACACCAAAGAUAUCGGGUUGGGUACUGGCUGGUCCUUUAAUCUACCCUCCUACAACCAUCGUCAAGGCAAGACUCUGUUGCUCUCGACGGGUGAAAACUUCCAAGCCACUGAGACGACCAGUACCUUUUUCAUCCAGGACCAGAAGCUCAAGAGCUUCCAGGCAAAAAGAACGGGAUCGUCAGCAGGAUCUACUUAUGAGGUGGCCUACAAAUCAGGCCAGGUAGAGAUUCUUUCCGGUUUCAACAACACUUACAACCAAUCGGUUCCAAUCACAAUCUACGGCGCAAACGGUCGCUCACUCAGCCUGGAGUGGAUCCGCAACGGGGAACAGCCACGACUGAGCAAGAUCCAAGACGGCGAUGAUGUUCUACUAGAAGUUCAAUAUUCCGAUGCGCAGGUAACCAUCACCAAGGCGCCUGGAACUACCGCGGCCAGCACCUUCACGCUUAUCCGGCGUAAUGCGCAAUUAACCCAGCUUAAGCUGCCGCUGGACGACGGCACGCCCCCGUGGCAGUUUUCGUACAACUCCCUCAGCAACGGAUUCGUGUGUGUCUCACAGGUGACAAGCCCCACUGGCUUGGUUGAAGAGGUCAAUUACAAGCAAGAUGGUCACCAGCUACCCUCUGGAGCGCCUUUUACGAGGAUUCCAUACGUGGUGUCUCAUGUGGCGCGUCCAGGUCGUCAGCAGCCAGCCAUGAAGACAACCUACAGCUAUUCCUCCUAUAACUUCCUGGGCUAUGGAGGAGCACGGCAGUGGAGUGAUACCGGGGAUAACCUGUACCAGGUGCCUGCGGAAUACCAGUACACAUCCACGGCGCAGCUUGAGGGUGGAGCAACCACAACCUAUACUUACAACAAGUUCCACUUGACCACCAAAAUCGUGGAACAACUGAACACGAAAAAGACUACCCAGGACAUCACAUACCAUGCGACUCCGAAUACAGCAUUUGACGAUCAGCCUGCGCAAUACUUGCUACCUAAAACGGUUGCAAUCACCUAUGCGGACACAACUGCCUCCAGUCGGACAGAAACAACAACAACCGAGUUUGACGAAUGGGGAAAUCCUACUACGGAGAUCAAACCGGAUGGCUUGAUUACCACUCGCACAUACUACGCCGCAGAUGGAGAGGCAGAUUGCCCGGCUGCCCCUCAUGGUUUCCAACGAUACUUGAAAACGGAAACAGUGACUCCGGCGGAGACGUCCUUUGCUGCACCGACCAGAACAGAGAAAUUCGGUUAUGUGGAGCUCCCUACUUCAAGCAAUGCGACAGUGCAGACAUUUGUUCUGCAAUCAUCGCGCGUCACUCUCGAGGGGGACACCUCGCUGACCACUGCCGAAUAUACGUAUAUCAACCAGCCAGACUCGCGCGAUCAUGGACGAGUCCAGGAACAAAAAACAUGGUUAUCUUCGAAAGACAACGCCACAACCCAAACAUAUGCCUACGAGUAUCUCAGCAGCGGCGAAUUGAAAAAGACACUCAAUACAGCUGGCUUUGACGGCGUUUCGGCCAAAUUUGAGACCAUCCAUUCUCUGUCUUCUGGAAAGGUUACAGGACAGACGGAUGAUGCUGGUAUCCAGGAUGUCUUCCAAUACGAUGCAUUGGGCAGAUUGGUCAAAGGCGCAACAGCGAUCGAUACCGACCAGGAAGCAGUCCGCUACAACAGUUACGCCAUCCCUGACGACGGCAGUAGUGGCAUGGUGCUGUCAGUUACGGAUGCUAAAGGUGUCCAGACACAAUACAUUUCUGACGGCCUGGAGAGAAUUUGCCAAGUGAAGAGACAAGAUGAUGAUGGCUCGUGGGAUGCAUCUACCAACACAUACUCCGGCACUUUUCGCUUACUGCAGGAGCGCAACUACAAUGCUCUGGGCCAACAUGUUGAACAAACUGACAUUGACUGGCUGCGUACCAAAGACAGCGAUCCAACGGAACUACGAACAACCAAGGCACUGCAGUAUGACGACUGGGGCCAGGUCCUGAAGACUGUAAACAAUAGCACAGGCGUCACAACGAUUUCAGCAACGGAUCCUAUCAGCCUGAGUCAAACAGAAGGAAUCGAGGGCGAAGGCCAAACUGUCACGCAGCUCAAUCUGUCCGGUGUGCCUACUCAGAUCCGCCUUCUGGGUAAGGAUGGAACCGAGUACAGCAAGCUCACGUACAGCUACGACGGACUGGGACGACUGGUGGAAGAAGAAGAUGCCUUGGGUCGCAAGACAAAAUAUCAAUCUGACUUGUUUGACCGAGUCACUAAGACCACAUGGGCGAGCGGCCGGGAAGUCAACGUCCAGUAUGCUACCCAAAGCGCGGCAGCUCUCCCGACCUCACUCCAAGUCAACGACGCAAACCUUGGCGGACAGUCUUUCGACGGAUUGGACCGAUUGACACAGCGAACAGUCGGCGGGCGCAGACUGAAACAAUCCUACCAGGGCAGCACCCCAGAGCCAACUCAGAUUGCCACGGACAAGGGCGACUUCAAACUCACAUACGAACCGGGUUUGCGCCAAUCGCUAUCGACAGUCAGUGGCCAAGACAGGAAUGAGACAUACAAGUAUGACUCAAAGACGGGGGUUGCGCUACAGCUCAAAGGCUCAUCCAGCACUGCGGAUCGUCAGUACUUCCCGUCAGGCCUACUGAAAAGUGAAGCGCUCGACCUCAGCGAAGGUGCCGCAUCCUUUUCUACUCAAUCGACAUACUCGAUGGCCGGGAAGUUGCAAGAAUAUACCGACGUCCAUGGAAAGGAAUACCAGAACACAUAUGAUAGUGCAGGCCGCCUGAAUUCCUUGGCUGUAGGAUCCCUCACCGUCUCUUAUUCAUAUGACAGCGCCAACCGUCUGUCCAGCACUACAGUUCAAGACCAAGAGCACGACUCCAGCUUGACCACAAACCUUGUCUACGAUGACUUCGGCCGAGAAAUUGAGCGCACGGUGUUGCAAGGGGAGAAACAGGUGUCUAGACUGACUCAGUCCUUUGGCGAGACGAGUCUUGUCACCACGCGGCAGAUAGAAGAAAGUGGGAACAUUGUCCGAAACGAAUCAUUUGCCUACGACGAGCACAACCGUUUGGUCAAGUACACAUGCGAGGGAAGCCAACUUGCGAAAGAUGAAAAGGGACAUGAGAUCCAAUCCCAAGAAUUCACCUUCGAUAACCUCGACAACAUAACGUCUGUCAUAACAGGUUUUCAAGAUGGAACUCAAAACACGGCAACCUACUCAUACAGCCAGAGUGAUCCAACCCAGCUCAGCCAGAUUGCAAACAGCCAUCCCGAUUUCACACCUCAAACCACCCUGGCAUAUGAUGCUAAUGGAUGUCUCAUCCAAGAUGAGCAAGGCCGUAACUUGGAAUACGACAGUGGCGGCCGCCUGAAGUCAGUUAGAGAUAGCAGUGGCAGUCUUCUCAGUCAAUACAACUAUGAUGCAGCUGGUAAACUGAUCUCCCAGUCAAUCCCUGACCAGCCAGAUACUCAGCUAUUCUACCGACAAGACAAACUUAUCAGUGUCAAGUCUGGAGACCGCCAAGUGAGCUAUAUAUCUGCUGGCAAUGAAUACCUGGGACAAAGUACUCAGAACGGCGAUUCUACCGAGAUUCAGCUCUGGGGAUCUGAUGCGAAUGGCUCUGUGCUGAACUGGUUCGACACAGCACAGCCAGAUCAGAUCCAGCAACAGCAGUACACGCCCUAUGGCUUCAGCGCCCCCGAUUCUGCCUCCUCCAUAGGCUUCAACGGCCAGUGGCGUGAUCCAGUCACAGGAUGGUACCACCUGGGUAACGGAUACCGCGUCUACAACCCCGUCUUGAUGCGCUACCAUGUCCCCGACCCUGGCAGCCCUUUCGGCACAGGUGAGGUCAACGGCUACGCUUACUGCCUAGGCGACCCAAUUAACCGCAUCGACCCAAGCGGCCAGUGGAGCUUCUUCGGGCUCUUCGAUUUCAGCUGGGCAGAUCUAGUGUCUACAGUAAUCAGCGUGGCAGUGAGCGUCGCAGUCGGCGUCCUCACAGCCGGAGCAAGUGUGGCCAUCGAGAUCGGGGUGGGAAUCGCAGCCGGGGUGGCAACCAGUGUCGGAGUCGGAGUAGCAACUGAUCUAGUCGAAGGGCGAAUGCCAACAUGGAAGUCCGUGGGAAUUGACGCGCUCGCCGGCUUGGUCGGAGGUGUGCUCGGCGAGGCUGGUGGCCGGGCUAUAGCUUCUGGACUCAAAUUCGCCACCAACUUCAAGAGCUUCAUCGGACGGGCUGGUUCAUACACGGUCAAUGAGGUUGCAAAGACGGGCGGGGAAAUUUUCAAGGACGCUGUCAAAGGGGCUGUGGAAGGCGAAAUCGGCGGUCAGCUUACCUACGGCUUCUACGGUGAUGCACUCUACAGCGCGUUGGAAGGAGACGACUCCUCAUCGUCCCAGCAGGUUUCGAGUUCAUCACCGGUAGCUAGUUCACCGUCAUCGUCUCAGCCCUCUCAGAAGGGCCAGGUGGUCGUGGUCAGAGAGGCGUCGUUGGCUAGAGAUCCCAUCAGACUUUCUCUGCGGGAUGGUCAAUCCACCGUUUCUUCUAAUCGAGACCGCGCAUUCGGUAAAGACGCCGGCAAGUCCAUUCCUGGCAUCUUGAAUCGCCAGCUCAAGUGCACGUUCGGGCCCCUUGGAGCAUCGCAGGGCAAGCGGCAAGCGACGGGAAGUGGUGCACUUGAGUCUUUGGAGAAGAAGAGAAGAUCGUGUGCGUCGGUGAGGAGUCAGAUUCGGGCUCAGGGUGUUUGA